UAAUUUCCAAAGGGAAUUGGAAACAACCUAAAAGCCCAGACAGCCUCAGAGGGAGGCCGGAAAAAGGAGACCUCAAAGACUUAUGAAACUGUUAGGAAAAAAAAGGACUCCUGCAGUGCUGUUGAGUGCAAACAGCAGGGCUCCCAUAAGAGCAGUAAAAUCUGAAAUCUGCGGUCAUAAAGGCAGAUCCAAGGCCAGGAGGAAUUGCUAGAACGCAGCUGCGUUUGCUGCUCUCUUCUCUCCUAGCGUUUGCCUAGGAGUAGGCAGCAUGUCCUGGCAGCCCACAAUGGCCGUGGGCUUCGGUUGAUGAACUUUUUGCUAGCAAUAAGCAGGCAAAGGAAUGCCUGAAUGUAAACACGGGAGUAUGUCAAGAGUGCUGCAGGCUAAGCCCUUGGAACCCCUACGUCCAAACUAAGAGUCAUUCCUGAAACUAGAGAAUUUGGAAGCAAAUGCCAAAGGUACGGUUCCUAUGUAUCUCAAGUCCCUGCGGCCCGAGGUUACCUACCAGCAGCGGCUGGUUUGCUCACAUCGGUCCCUCUGCCCCUGUAGACACUGUAUUGCCAAUGCAGAACCAGAGGAACAGGGCAACGCUGGCUCCUAACCACGUGCAGGAGGUGCGUCUGCACCGGGUGGAAUCCAUCAGUGACCUGCACAGCGGAGGCUCACUAAGGCCCUAUCUGGCUGAAGAGAGGCAGCCCUGGGAAGAGCUUCUGGGUGUCUUGCCCCCGUCACUGUGCACCCACGCUGGCUGCAGCCCCGUGUGUGGCCGUGGGGGGUUCCUACUGCUAUUAGCACUGCUGGUGUUCACCUGCCUGGCGCUAGCCAUCCUGGCUGUCUACCUCAGUGUGCUGCAGAGUGAAUCCCUGAGGGUCUUGGCACACACACUGCGCACACAAGAGGAGACUCUGCUCAAAUUGCGUCUGGCUAGCCUCAGCCAGCUAAGGAGGCUCAACUCCAGCGAAGCUCGGGCACCCAGCUGAGAUGCCAUUUGUAUGUGAGAACUGUGAGGGGAAUAAAGGGACCUCUGGCAGGUCUCUGUUCACCUACUGAUGACCACAUCUACACUAAUUCCUCGGUGAGAUUUUUGUGCAAGAGCCCAAUUUGACUCAACAGCUACCUAUCUCUCUUGACCUCUUCAGGCCAAGCCUGAUGACACCUUCUGGUGCCAAGGCCCUGCUUUGAAUAGCCAAAGGUCAGAGGAUGGGGCACAAGCCUUCUCCUGGCUCCCUCCUAUGGCUGUCAGCACCCUCUGGACAGCCCCAGAUAGGAGGUUCAGAAGUCUAGAAAUAGCUGUCCCUGCACAACCAGCCACGCUGCCAGGCUUCCUAGUUGGGGGUCCAGUCUCAGCUCAGACAAGCUAGGCUGCAGUGGGGGUGGGGGACCACGUGGGCAGAGACUGCCAUAGAGGACAAAGGUGAAAUAG